UACACAACAUCCACGAGAGAUUUCCGGACUUGCCUUUCGCUCGACCAACCGCUCGGUCUAUUUUGGUGAGAACCAAUGGCAGGGCAAACUCGGGCCUUGCUGGCCAGCCAACUGGCAGCGGCUGCUCUCCUGGUGUGCGCUGUGCUCGCAAGCGCUACCAAGAGGCAGCCGUACCCAGUCGAGUGCCAGCUGAAGGUGAACGGCACCUACGCCAUUCCCGGCUUACCACUGGCUUACGACGCGUACAUGCCUGCCAUCGACAACGAGACCAUGUUCCUGCACUCCCAGCGCCACGUCGGGGCUGCUGUCACGUCCGUGAACAGCGUGCUGGCUCGCUACCCCGAACUGCGCGAGCUGUCGCUGUCGGAGAUUGUCAGCCAGAUCGGCACCAGGCGCUUCAACCGCAAGUACGCCAUCGCCGCCGCCGAUAGCACCGCCCUGCGCAACAACGCCGGCAGCCUGUGGAACCACGCCCACUUCUGGCGCAUCAUGACCACCUUCAACUCCUCCAACCCCGCCACCGUCCUCACCGACGCCGCGCCUCGCGCGGGGGUGCCCUCUCUCAAGGCUGCCAUCGCUGCCAAGUGGGGCAACGCAACGGCGCUGCUGGACUCGCUGCGUGCGACCGGUGCCGGCGUGUUCGGCUCGGGCUGGGCCUGGCUGGUGGUGCGGCCCCAGGAGUCAGGCAAGGGCUUCGAGCUGGCCAUUGUCCCCAGCCCCAACCAGGAUAACCCGCUGAUGGACGGCUACACCACUGACAAGACCCGCCGCGGCGUCCCCAUCCUGGGCGUGGACGUCUGGGAGCACGCAUACUACCUGCGCUACCGCAACGUGCGCGCCUCCUACCUGUCCUCCUGGGUGGGUCUGGUGGACUGGGCGGCUGUGCAGCGCAACUACGGGUUCGCAGUGGCGGGCCGCGUGGACGCAAUGCUGUGCUAAGCAUGAACACCCGGUUGCAGCAGCUGAACUGGGUUAAAGAUUGCAAGGCUGUCGGGAGCAUUGAGCCGCUAUGUAUAUGAGGCUUUGCGGACAAGAAACUCUUUGCGGACAAGGACUUCGUUCAAGAGGUUCGCGCAGAAGGGAUUCUGGUCGUGCCUGCCGGCUGAUGAUUGAGCGCCUUUCGUAUGACACUGUGACAGUAAAUGUAUGACCCGGACCCAACUUGGACCCGGAUGGACUUUCAUGUAGCUGAGGGCCCUUUUUAAUCUUAACACGUACAUAUGCUGACGCUCAUGCGUGUGGACACUGCGGUGUGGCCAUUGACCGCAUUCAUUAUGUGCGCUACCGGAAACACAGGGAAUGGGGGUCACGUGCCUAUUGUAAUGGAACCGUUAUGCUACGUCGCCAUGACUGCCUCUAUCAGUUUGUACGCGGGUCAUGUCAGAACGAACAAGACGACGAAGACGGCGCGAUGUAUCACAUUCCGAGUUG